GGGUUCCGUGUGUCUGUGUCAAUGUGUCUGUCCUUCACUCCUCCAUUGUCUGCCUCAGCCGCUGCUGCCGCCACUGCUGCUGCAGGAUCUGCCGCAGCCACCAGUCUCGCGCGUCGUCGCUCCCUCCUUGGACAGUAAUUUUAUGAAUAAGCAUCAGAAGCCAGUACUAACAGGCCAGCGGUUCAAAACCCGGAAAAGGGAUGAAAAAGAGAAAUUCGAACCCACAGUCUUCAGGGAUACACUUGUCCAGGGGCUUAAUGAAGCUGGUGAUGACCUUGAAGCUGUAGCCAAAUUUUUGGAUUCUACUGGCUCACGACUAGAUUAUCGUCGCUAUGCAGACACACUCUUUGAUAUCCUGGUGGCUGGCAGCAUGCUUGCCCCUGGAGGAACACGCAUAGACGAUGGUGACAAGACCAAGAUGACCAACCACUGUGUGUUUUCAGCAAAUGAAGAUCAUGAAACCAUCCGAAACUAUGCUCAGGUCUUCAAUAAACUCAUCAGGAGAUACAAGUAUUUGGAAAAGGCAUUUGAAGAUGAAAUGAAAAAGCUUCUCCUCUUCCUUAAAGCAUUUUCUGAAGCAGAGCAGACAAAGUUGGCAAUGCUGUCUGGGAUCCUGCUGGGCAAUGGAACCCUCCCAGCCACCAUCCUCACCAGUCUCUUCACGGACAGCUUAGUCAAAGAAGGCAUCGCAGCCUCCUUUGCUGUCAAGCUUUUCAAAGCCUGGAUGGCAGAGAAAGAUGCCAAUUCUGUUACCUCUUCAUUGAGAAAAGCCAACUUAGACAAGAGGCUGCUUGAACUCUUCCCAGUGAACAGACAAAGCGUGGAUCAUUUCGCUAAGUACUUCACUGAUGCGGGGCUAAAGGAGCUAUCGGACUUUCUCCGAGUCCAGCAGUCACUGGGCACCAGGAAGGAACUGCAGAAGGAGCUGCAAGAGCGACUGUCUCAGGAAUGCCCCAUCAAGGAGGUGGUGCUUUACGUCAAAGAGGAAAUGAAAAGGAACGAUCUUCCGGAAACAGCCGUGAUCGGGCUGCUGUGGACCUGCAUCAUGAAUGCCGUGGAGUGGAAUAAGAAGGAGGAACUGGUCGCAGAGCAGGCUCUUAAGCACCUAAAGCAAUACGCUCCCCUGCUGGCCGUGUUCAGUUCCCAAGGCCAGUCAGAGCUUGUCCUCCUGCAGAAGGUUCAGGAAUACUGCUACGACAACAUCCACUUCAUGAAAGCCUUCCAGAAGAUCGUGGUUCUCUUUUAUAAAGCCGACGUUCUGAGCGAAGAGGCGAUACUGAAGUGGUACAAAGAAGCACAUGCCGCCAAAGGCAAGAGCGUCUUUCUUGACCAGAUGAAGAAAUUUGUGGAGUGGUUACAAAAUGCAGAAGAAGAAUCUGAAUCGGAAGGCGAAGAAAGCUAAAUGUCUCCAACACACUGCCUAAAAAAAACAAGAAAAGAAAAGAAAAAAAAAUGCCACACUUUUUGGUUGGGAAUGCUGAAGCGAUUGGGGAGGGAAACUUGGCUUCUGUUUGCACCAAGGAAAUAAAUAGGCAAGGCCUCCCGGCUCAGAAGGGAAGGCGGGUUUUUCAUUUCUGUUUUGUUUAAACGGAGCCCUGAGGCAUCAGCUACUACACUUGGGACUCUACCUCUCACUGUAUGCUAACUAAAGCCAUUCAACAAGGGGUCAGGUAGGAACCUGAAGCUCAAUACUCAGCAGACCCCUUUUUUUAGCUGUAUUUUCAGGUACUGUGUGAACGCCCCACUGGUGUCUGUAUUACAGGGCCACUUCAAUAGUUGUGUUCCUUCUGCUCGUGUAUGUGAUUUGACAACCCAGUUUUUUUUUAAAUAAAUGGCUUUUUAAAAAUC